GAUGGCGGCGCAACGGCAGCGCGCGCGGCCACUUCGGUGAUGAUAUCUGUUAUCUGUCAAGUAGGGGAGAGUGCACAAUUCCAGUUUGAUAGAGACAGACAUGAGAGUACGGAGGAACAUCUGGAGAACUUCCGAAAUAAUUGCUUUGCAGUCGCUGCUACUGUGUGGUAACCGGAAUCUCCGGAGCUGAAGGCCCCGAAAUCCUCGGCUUUGCUUGUUUCAGCGGCCGGGGCGAGGUCGAAGGCGCUCGGCAGAGGAUGGUGCUUGGGAAGCUGUAUCGGAGAGGCUGGUCAGAAGCUCGAAGUUUUCGGACGGACGGCCUCAGUGUCGGCUGCUUCCAAGGCGGACAUGGAAUGUGCUCUGAACAUACUGUAUGCCAACAUCAGUGAACUUGAGACCAGGUAUCCGGAGGCUUUGCUCAUUACAGCUGGGGACUUUAACCAGGCCAACCUCAGAAAGGCGCUGACAAAGUUAUACCAAAAUGUCUCCUGCCCCACUAGAGGCCCGAAUAUACUUGACCACUGCUACACAGCAGUCAAGGAUGUCUACCGUUCCGUCUCGCGACCUCACUUCGGAAAAUCGGACCAUCAGGCCGUACUCCUCCUCCCAGCUUUCAAACAGAAACUGAAGUAGGAGGUCACAGUGUCAAAAGUAGUGUCGCAUUGGAUGGAGGAAACGGAUGAGGUCCUCCAUGACUGCUUUGAAUCGGUGGACUGGUUAGUAUUCAAGGACUCGGCAGCUAACCUCGAUCAGUAUGCCUCAGCUGUCACGGACUUUAUUUGGAAAUGCACAGAGGACUGUGUGUCUUGCAAGACGAUCCGGGUAUUCCCUAACCGGAAAGCUUGGAUGAAUUAUGAGGUCAAGUCCCUUUUAAAGGCUAGAGCUGCGGCUUUUAGAUCCGGGGAUAUCAGUCGCUACACAGAAUCCAGGCCUGAACUCCGGAAAGCCAUUAAGGGCUCCAAGAGGCAAUAUCGAGCCAAGUUGGAAGCCCAGGCUAACCAAAGGGAUGCCAGUAGACUAUGGCAGGGUCUAAAUGAGAUCACUGGGCACAGAGAAAAGGCAGGGAAUAUCAAUAACUGUGGCGCUUCUCUUCCUGAUGAACUUAACGUAUUCUACACAAGGUUUGAACAGAAGAGGAGCAUCCCGCUCCCUCCAGAUGAACCGGACCUGGUGGCAUUGAGAUUCAUCGUCACCAAGGAGGACGUUAGAAGGGCCUUUCUGAAGAUAAAUCCAAGGAAGGCGAUGGGCCCAGAUGGCGUCCCAGGAUGGGUUCUCCGUGCCUGUGCAAGCGAGCUAGAUGGAGUGUUUGCUGACAUCUUCAACUGCUCCUUGCUUCAGUCUAAGAUCCCCUAGUGUUUUAAGAAGGCAACAAUAAUCCCAGUGCCGAAGAAGAGCAAGGUGGCAUGCCUGAAUGACUAUCGACCCAUGGCUCUGACAUCAAUUGCUAUGAAGUGCUUCGAGAGAUUGGUUUUGGCACACAUCAACCACAGCCUACCAGUCAACCUCGAUGCUUUGCAAUUCGCCUACCGGAGCAACAGGUCAAUGGCAGAUGCCAUCUCUCUGGCCCUACAUUCCUCCUUAGAACACCUGGAGAAUAAAGAUGCAUAUGUAAGGCUCCUUUUCAUUGACUACAGCUCUGCCUUUAAUACCAUCGUUCCAAAUAAACUGAUUCCUAAGCCAAGGAACCUGGGCCUUAGCACUCAGAUCUGCAGCUGGAUCUUCAACUUCCUCACAGACGGGACCCAGGCUGUAAAAAUAGGGGACAAGCUCUCCUCUACAAUCACACUGAGCACCGGUGCCCCACAAGGCUGUGUACUCAGCCCCCUGCUGUACUCACUGUACACCCAUGAUUGUGUAGCCAGGUUCCAUCAAACUCAAUAUAUAAGUUUGCUGAUGACACAACAAUUGUAGGCCGUAUCUCGGGUAAUGAUGAGUUUGAGUACAGAGAGGAAAUUAAGAACCUGGUGGCAUGGUGCGAAGACAAUAACCUAUCCCUCAAUGUCAGCAAGACGAAGGAAUUGGUUGUUGACUUCAGAAGGAGUAGCGGACCGCACGACCCAAUUUACAUUGGUGGUCUGCAAGUGGAACAGGUCAAAAGCUUUAAGUUCCUCGGGGUCAAUAUCACAAAUGUCCUGACUUGGUCCAACCAAGCAGAGUUCAAUGCCAAGAAGGCCCACCAGCGCCUUUACUUCCUGAGAAAACUAAAGAAAUUUGGCUUGUCCCCUAAAACCCUCACUAAUUUUUAUAGAUGCACCGUAGAAAGCAUUCUUCUAGGGUGCAUCACAACCUGGUAACCAUAGAAACCAUAGAAACUACAGCACAGAAACAGGCCCUUUGGCCCUUCUUGGCUGUGCCGAACCAUUUUCUGCCUAGUCCCACUGACCUGCACAUGGACCAUAUCCCUCCAUACAUCUCCCAUCCAUGUAUCUGUCCAAUUUAUUCUUAAAUGUUAAAAAAGAACCCGCAUUUACCACCUUGUCUGGCAGCUCAUUCCAUACUCCCACCACUCUCUGUGUGAAGAAGCCCCCCCUAAUGUUCCCUUUAAACUUUUCCCCCCUCACCCUUAACCCAUGUCCUCUGGUUUUUUUCUCCACUUGCCUCAGUGGAAAAAGCCUGCUUGCAUUCACUCUAUCUAUACCCAUCAUAAUUUUAUAUACCUCUAUCAAAUCUCCCCUCAUUCUUCUACGCUCCAGGGAAUAAAGUCC